GCAAAGAGAGAGUGAAGCGCAGGAAAGAAGCGAGUCCAUUGAAAUCUUCCCCUAUCCUUUUUCUACGCCAUGUUCAAAACCAAACACUGCGCAUGGCAGGCAUCUCCGUCCACAAACAAUCCAACCAAUUUUAUGUCUUCUUCUUCUUCUCUAUCAAUAAUACAUUACGAAAUGAUUCAUCACUUCCCUCGACAUCGACAAUUUCUUGUCGGAAUUUUGUCUGUCAUCCUCCCGGGGUCCUUCAAUCACCUGAAGGACCCUCCCCCUUCCCCAGACCCAUUGCAUACGCACAUUUCCUUACAUUAUAAGGAAAUGAAGCGAGUCAAAGAUCUCAUGGUCUCCUUCAAUACAUGUUUCCCUGCCUGAAUUUAAGCAUGUUUUCUGACAAGAAAGCAAUACUUUAUUGGGGAUUCAUUCUAUCAAGGAGCCCUCCUAAAUUUAAUUUGCAUCCAAACACACACCCACAGGCAUUCAUAGAUUUUUGAGAGACCUCGGUUCUAGGAAAUCUUGAUUUCUUGGCGAUCGAAAUGAGUUGCUUUCCAUGCUUCCAAAAAAACGAAGACAGCAGCAGCAGGAGGGGCGGGAGCAACCACGGCAGCUUGCCGGUGGCGAAGCCCAAAGACUUCAGUCCUUCACCACCACCUCGUCCUCCUCGUAAUGAAGAUGGAAGUAACAGAUCACAACCUGAAUUCCGCGGAGAUGAUGAAUAUAGCUCAACCAAAAAUUUCAGUUUCCGUGAGCUGGCCAUGGCCACAAAGAACUUUCGCCAAGAAUGUCUAUUGGGUGAAGGAGGAUUCGGGAGAAUAUACAAAGGGACACUCCAAGGAACCGGACAGAUUGUUGCCGUGAGGCAACUAGACAGGAAUGGCGUUCAAACGGGCCCAGAAUUUGUAAUGGAAGUUGCAAAGUUGAAUCUUCUAGAACACCCAAAUUUGGUGAAGCUAGUCGGAUAUUGUGCCGAUGGAGAUCAAAGGCUUUUGGUGUAUGAAUACAUGGCUGCCGGCUCUUUGAAGGACAGUCUAUUUGAACUUCCCGCCGGUAAGAAGCCCUUGGACUGGAAUACGAGGAUGAAGAUCGCAUCGGGUAUUGCAGAGGGGCUCGAGUACUUACAUCACAAAGCCGAGCCCGCUGUCAUAUACCGCGACUUGAAAUCCUCGAACAUUCUAUUGGAUGAUGCUAACAAUGCACGGCUGUCCAAAUACGGGCUGGCUAAUCUUGUCCACACGGGCAAUAGAGCAGUCGCGGUUGAUGAUGGUUAUAGAGCCCCCGAAUGCUACAAAAAUGAGAAGCUAACAGAAAAAACAGAUACUUAUAACUUUGGUGUAGUCCUUCUGGAGCUUAUAUCCGGACGUAAAGCCUUUGACUCUACUCGGCCAGCCGAAGAGCAGAGCCUAGUUGCUUGGGCGCAACCGAUCUUCCGGGAUCAGGCAAAGCUCGCUGAUUUGGCAGAUCCGCUUCUGAGGAAGUCAUUUCCAGAAACGAGCUUGAACCAAGCCGUCGGAGUCGCCGCCAUGUGUCUACUGGAGGAGCCGUCGGCUCGCCCGCUCAUCUGCGACAUUUCAGCUGCCAUUAAUUUCCUGGCGAUGGCGCAACCCGAAGCUCCCAUCCCCAAUCAUCUUGUUCCCAUAUUGUCCGCGAGAGUCUACUCGGGAACUCAGUUCAGCGACGUUACCUCCUUCAAGGAAGACCACAAGAAACAGACUACGUUGGAUAACGUCGACAAUGGAAGGAUUCUCGACAAUGAUUGCGAGGACGGUAAAUCGAGUUCAGAUGAGGAAGACGAUGAAGACAGAGAAAGGAUUCUCGACGGGGAUUGCCAGGACAGUUCAUCGAGUUCAGACAGCGAUGGUGACGACGAAGACAGCGGAAAGAUUCGCAAGAACAGCAAAUCGAGUUCGGACUACGAGCACGAGAAGCUGAGCUCAAGGUCAAAGCGUAAAAAUGAAAAAGGACGACUUGGGUCGAACAGCAGUCGCUCGAUUUCAAGUAGAAGUAGAAGCAGUCGGCGGCGGCUAACCUUCGACGAUUCUGAAACUUUGAGGUGUGAGAGCAGCAACAGCAACAGCAAUAAAAAGGUCCCCGAUUGGAAGCAGGAUGUAGAAGAUUCUCAUGAUCGCGGUGAAACCUCGGAUUAAGCUAAGCUAGUCUUGAUUCCACGAACACCAACAAUUUUCUUGCAUGAAAAAAAGGUUGGAUAAUCGAAAGACCAACAGAUACGACAAUCUGUGGAUUCUAUGUUGUAUACGAACGAGGUUUCGACCUGCGUGCAUGGUGGUUUCAUGAGAAAAGCAUUUUUGUC